AGUUUUACCUGGUACAUACUAUAGAUUAAAAAUGGCAGACCUGGCUUUAAAAACAGUCACAUUUGCUGACAAUAAUUCUGAUACUGUCCGGUCACUAAAGAGAAGUAAUAAUAGUGAUAAAAGUAUAAAAACGAAGACACAGCGUCUCAAUGGUUAUGAUAGCAAAGUACAAUCUGAAACUUCUGAACAACAGACCCGAGUUUUGACGCAGUUCAGUUCUGAGGCUGGGGAGCCAGCUGGUCCACCUAUAGAGCUACCUUUGAACUUGCCAAAACAAAAGCUUCAGCUAAUCCUGAACAGUCUUCUUAAACAGACAGAUGACGUGCCCUACAGCUUCUUUGUAGAAGAGAAGGAAAUUACCAGUAAUCUCAAAAGUGUCUUACCUGAAAAUUAUUCAGAGGAAAAAAUUCUUAACAUUGUUUAUCAAGCUCAAGCAGUUUUCAAGGUUCAGUCUGUCACCAGAUGUACAUCAUCACUGCCUGGUCAUGCUGAGGCAGUGUUGUGCGCUUCAUUCAGCCCUGAUGGCAGGUUCCUAGCAUCGGGCUCAGGUGACACCACUGUGCGAUUCUGGGACGUCAAUACAGAGACUCCUCACUUCACUGCCAGAGGCCACAGCCACUGGGUGCUGGUGACAGCAUGGAGUCCUGAUGGCACGCGCUUGGCGUCUGGCUGCAAGAAGGGCAACAUCAUCAUCUGGGACCCCAAAACCGGCAAACAGGUGGGGAAGACCUUCACUUUGCACACGAAGUGGAUCACGGUACUGUGCUGGGAGCCUCUGCAUCUCACUGAUGACGGCCGCUGCACCAAACUUGCUUCCGCCAGCAAAGACGGUUCCAUCAGGAUUUGGAAUAUUGCUAGCGCCACAUGCCACAAGAGCUUGUCCGGACAUUUACAGAGCGUGACUGCCUUGCGUUGGAGUGGGGAGGGCCUCAUCUAUUCAGGCUCCCAGGACCGAACAAUUAAAGUCUGGCGACCUAGCGACGGCGCUCUGUGCCGCACCCUGCAGGGGCAUGGACACUGGGUCAACUCACUGGCCCUCAACACCGACUAUGCCAUCCGCACCGGUGCCUCUGACCCCAAGAAGCUCAUGCAGACUGUCCCAGAGCACAUAAACAACGAGCUGGAGCGCAAGGCUGCAGCAAUGGAGCGUUACACCGCAGCUAAGGAGCAGGCUGGAGGCGUCGAGCGCAUGGUGUCAGGUUCUGAUGACUUCACAUUGUUUCUCUGGACGCCAGAGUCGAACAAGAAACCCGUGUGCCGCAUGACGGGUCACCAGCAACUGGUGAACGACGUCAAGUUCUCCCCUGACACGCGCACCAUCGCGUCUGCUUCUUUUGAUAAAAGCAUCAAGUUGUGGAAUGGCAUCAACGGCAAGAUAUUCGCGACGCUGCGAGGUCACGUGUCUGGCGUGUAUCAGAUUGCCUGGUCUGCUGAUUCACGUCUCCUUGUCUCCGGCAGUAAGGACUCCACCCUCAAGGUUUGGAGUGUGGCAGACCGAGGACUGCUCAUAGACUUGCCAGGCCACGCGGACGAGGUCUACACCGUGGACUGGUCCCCCGACGGCCACAGAGUCGUCAGCGGCGGCAAGGACAAAGUCCUCAAAGUGUGGCGGAAAUAAAGCAAACCCUCUCUGGA